CAUGUGGGAUGAAAAACCUUUUUUAUUGGUCAAUUAUGUUCUCUUGGUUUUUUGUUUUUUUAAACUAUCCACGAACUACUUGGAAGCUUCUUCUCCUCUUUAAUUCAAUUGUUUAAAUUAUCAUUUUCUGUUAGUAUAGUUUUGCCAUUGUUCUAUUGAGUAUACUGUUGUUUCUAUUAGCUUAAUGCCAGCUUUGAAGGUUGCAGAUUGUGAAGUAAGUUACUGCUACUGGUUUUAUGUUUGGUGUGGAUGAUUUUUCAAACUGCAUGUACAAUUGCUAAGUUCUGACUUCUGACUGCUUAAGUUUGCAAUACUUGUCCAGUUGUCCUUCAACUUUCCCAUUUUUAUUCUCACAAACCUCUUCCCUUUACUUACAACAAAACAUAAGAAAUUCUUUUAUAACUUCCUUCUCGUUCAUUCCCCCUUUUGUCACCUCACUUUGUCCUCCUCAGUAUUUCUCUACUUUUCCUGCAAAAUGGCGUUCAUAGAUUCAUGCCUAUUUCAAUGAUUAGCCAAUUAGCAAAAAGGUUUUUUUUUUUUAAGGAAAAAGGAAUUGUCAUGUUCUUGGAUUCUUUUGAGUUCAAAUUUCUCUAUAUGGAAAAUUGUGCUAAACAAAUUGCUAUGGUGAAAAUGUUUUAUCAAAUGGGAAUGAUCCACCCUACCUUGCAAGAAUAUCAGGACAUUUUGUCCCUUGUUUCUGACACUAGUAGCUUGGAUUGGUUUUUUUACAAUUAUUUUACACAACACCAAUAUUUGGAGGCUGUCAAGAAAAGCUGUCAAGGUUUUCUUAACAGCCUAACAAUAUGGAAACCAUACCUUUGUCAAUGUCUGAGGCAUCUGGAUCAAUGGGAGGCAGGCAAGAAGUUGUCGUGGUGAAACUCUUCACAUCUUUGAUUGUCUUCGUGUGCGGCUGGGCAACUCAUUGUUCCAAGGUAUGAGGUGGAUCCUUCUACCCUUGGUUUGAGUCAGAGAUUGCUUUAGCUAAUUGAUUUGGUUUUUGUUUUUUGUAUUAACCUUUUGGUAUCCGGUAAUCAUAGUGGGUUCCAACUAAUCUGAAAUCAAACCGUCUUGGAUCCCAUAAGGGGAAGUCUCCUAGCUUCGGUUUUUCUAUUCACAAGAUUCAAAUUCGAGACUUUGCUUAAAGGAAACUGAGGUCUUUGUACUUUGACUAAUAAAUCAUUGGUUUUAGCUAAUUGAUUUGUUCCAAUUAAUAUUAUAGGCUUCGGAGUUUGUCAGAAUUGUAGCAUUAACCCUUGGUUUCAGACAGAGUUAUUGCUUUAGCCAAUGAUGUACUUCUGGGGCUGUAUAGGCAAGAAAUUGAGUAUUGGAUCGAUGUUCCUUCGAAUUUUAGCUGAUUGGUUGAUUUUUAUGUUUCGAUGGAUCCCAAGAAGUCAUAAGAUGCACGAAGAGUUGGCAUAUCUUUGGAAGCCAACUUAAUAAGUGGUGGGGCCGUUGAGACUAUAGCUCUGCCUUUUGCUUUCUCCGGAUGGCUUGUAUCUGUUGGGUCAAUGAAACCUAACCUUUAUUUCUCCUUUUCAUAUUUUGGGUAUGAACUCUUCAGAUAUUUAUUUUUUAUUUUCAUUUUUUUCUUUCAUUUUCUAUGAAUAUAUUCAUCCCAAGAUGUCGUCUUAGCGGUUGUAAAGGCUUGAACUCCUAUAUGUUUUAUUGUAUAAAUAUGGUUUUUUUUU